AUAAUUGCUAGAGGCAAGAUGGUGGUCAAGACAAACGAACCUGGAGUUGGCUGAGGGAUAAACUGUUGUUUAUAGAGCAUUGGUUUCCACAUAUUUGACUAUUGACAAGGAUCCCAGAGCACGUUUAUUAGGCGUCGGGAUAUACGGUUAAAUGUUGUGAGGUGGCGAUGGCAGGCCGGAGGGAGGAGUGCUUGUGGAAGAAGCACAUCGCGGAGCAGCUGAAGCUGCGGGACCGUGUGCAGCGGCAGGCCUUCGAGGAAAUCAUCCACCAGUACAACCGUCUUCUGGAGAAGUCUGAUCUGCAGGCUGUGCUCUCUGAGCGGCUGCAGACGGACAAAUAUGACCAGAGCAGACACGACCUCAGUCCGGGGUCGGACGCCAGUCGCAAUGACGCCCUCAGUCAGGAAAUGGCCCAGAUGCGCAUUAAGCAUCAGGAGGAGCUCACCGAAUUGCACAAGAAACGCGGAGAGCUUGCCCAGAACGUGAUUGAACUGAACAACCAGAUUCAGUUGAAGGACAAAGAGAUCCAGAGCAAUGAGGCCAAGAUGCUGGAGUAUCAGCAGCAGAUCUCUGGGCUGGAGGGCGAGUGUCGCGAGCUGCGGAGCCAGCUGCAGGACCUGGAGCGGGCCAACCAGACGCUGAAGGACGAGUACGACGCCCUGCAGAUCACCUUCAGCGCCCUGGAGGAGAAGCUGCGGCGCACCACCGAGGACAACCAGGAGCUGGUCUCGCGCUGGAUGGCCGAGAAGGCCCAGGAGGCCAACCGCCUCAACGCCGAGAACGAGAAGGACUGCAGACGUAGGCAGGCCAAGCUGCAGAAGGAGCUGGCAGAUGCUGCCAAGGAGCCCCUGCCUAUCGACCCGGAUGAUGAUAUCGAGGUGCUGUCUGAAGAAGCUGGUGGGAAGGGGACCGGCGAGGCCUCCCCUAACCGACCCCUCAGCCGCACACCCAGUAAGCGCAUAUCCCAGCCUCCCCCUGGGCUCCUGGACUCCAUCCACAACAUGUUUGGCCGCUCUGAGUGUGUGCAGCCUGGACACCCCCCAUCUUACUCCAGCAGGCGUCGCUCGCUGAACUCGUACGGGAGCUCGCCGGAGAACGCUGAGAUGGCCAGCGGAUCCAGCGUGGACGUCCGGGUGCCUUCGACCGCCCUCCACAUAUUUGAUGCCCAUGAUGGGGAGGUGAACGCUGUGCGGUUCAGUCCAGGCUCCCGCCUGCUGGCCACUGGGGGAAUGGACCGCAGAGUCAAACUUUGGGAGGUCGUCUCAGGUCGCUGUGAGCAGAAGGGAGCUCUGACGGGCAGCAACGCUGGCAUCACCAGCAUCGAGUUUGACAGCGCGGGCUCCUACCUGCUGGCCGCCUCUAACGACUUUGCCAGUCGGAUCUGGACUGUAGACGACUUCAGGCUGCGGCACACUCUCACGGGUCACAGUGGGAAAGUGCUGGCGGCUCGCUUCCUGCUGGACAAUGCUCGUAUCGUCUCCGGGAGCUACGACCGCACACUCAAACUCUGGGACCUGCGCAGCAAAGUCUGCAUGAAGACGGUGUUUGCAGGCUCCAGCUGUAAUGACAUUGUCUGCACUGAGCAGUGUGUGAUGAGUGGCCACUUCGAUAAGAAGGUCCGCUUCUGGGACAUCAGGGCGGAGAGUAUAGUGCGUGAGCUGGAACUACUGGGCCGGGUCACGUCGCUGGACCUGAACCCCGAUCGGACCGAGUUGCUCACCUGCUCCCGUGAUGACCUGGUGAAGAUCAUCGAUCUGCGGACAAACGCUGUGCGGCAGACCUUCACUGCUCAGGGCUUUAAGUGCGGUUCAGACUGGACAAGAGUGACCUUUAGUCCGGAUGGAAGCUACGUGGCAGCCGGUUCUGCAGAAGGAACCCUGUUUGUGUGGAACGUCCUCACGGGAAAGCUGGACAGGACUUUGGACAAAGGCCAUAGCUCUGCGGUCAACUCUGUGUCCUGGUCCCCCUCCGGCACCUUCGUGGUCAGCGUGGAGAAGGGCAGCAAGGCAGUGCUCUGGUCCGACAUGUGAUUGGCUGGCACCUGCGUCUAGUCAGUCACGAUUGGCUCAGCUCAACUCCAGCCCAAGCGCCAUUGGGCGAAGAGACAUUUUAACAUGGAAGCGGGUGUGGCCUGGCGUCGUCCCCCCCCCUCCUCACUUCAGCCACGUUGCUGCCUCCUGGCUUGUGAUUGGACCGCUGGUGUUCUCAUAAUCUAAAGAGCGGCUGAACUGAAUUUGCGCGUGGAAUGAAGGCUUGGUUGGGGUCUUUGGUCGAGGCGGCCGCAGUUGGGUGGUGGUGGUUUGACUCGUAUGUGCACACACACACACACACACACACACACACACACACACACACACACACACACACACACACACACACACACCAGUAUACAGUAUGUGAUCUAUACCGAUAUAACUCAAGCAUACAGCACACUGUCUUUCAUAAAAAAAGGACACGACUUGUCUUUUUCCCCUCCUCCCGUUUGAUUUGCCACUUGCCAGAGAUACAGCCAAUGUUAUACUGCAUCUGUGUCUGGGAAAACUUCUGUCUGAUUUGUGUGUCAAUAGUUUUACACUGCUUAAAUAUGGCCAUGGCUCUUAACACUGUGUGUGUGUGUGUGUGUGUGUGUGUGUGUGUGUGUGUGUGUGUGUGUGUGUGUGUGUGUGUGUGUGUGUGUGUGUGUGUGUGUGUGUGUGUGUGUGUGUGUGUGUGUGUGUGUGUGUGUGUGUGUGUGUGUGUGUGAGAGAGAGAGAGAGAGAGAGAAAUGAAAGUGUGUGUGUGUGAGAGAGAGAGAGAAAUGAAAGUGUGUGUGUGUGAGAGAAAUGAAAGUGUGUGUGUGUGUGUUAAGCAUGUUCAUUCCUUUCUGUUUGUUACUGAAUAGUGAAAUGUGAGGUGAGCGAAUGUUGUGUUGGGUGUGUGUUUGUCGAUGUACCGUGUGUGUGAGUGCGAGAAUGCCGUUUUGGAUGUUUGCUUGAGUGCGUUUGUCCCGUGGUCUUUGAAGUCACUUAUACUCUGCCUUAAUCAGAUAGUAACCAACGCCUCCCUGUUGAGGUCUUUCAGCUGUGUCCUUAAGGCCACACACACACACACACACACAGUCACACACACACACACACACACACACACACACACACACACACACACCAACACACCCAACACUCACACUUCAGUCCCGCUUCCCCAUUUCUGGCUUAUGUGUGUUUACAGUCUCCCAGAUCCCAAAAUGUAGAAGAGUAUCAUCCAUCUGUCAUCCCCAUCUUUACAUCAUUAUCCUCCUUUUCCCCUUCUUCAUCAUCAUCCUCCUCCUCCUCCUCCUCCUCUUGAGCUCCUUGGAAAUGCAGUUUUAAACCAGCACUUCUCUACAUCGACAUCACUGUACAAAAGCCCAGCUGUAGCCAGCGGUGUGCAGCCACCCAUGCGCAUCAUGGCCUCUCUCCACCUGCAGUGACGUGAAGCACAUGAGGUGUGUGUGGGCUCACCUCUGUGCAGGUGUGCGGGCUAAACUCUGUGCAGGUGUGCAUAGCUUGCCAAACAAAACAGACAACUUAGGAACGGAUAGGUUAUGAGAGUUGACCAACGUAAGUAGAUUUAAAUGUUAGGCCAGCUAGGUCUAAAGCACUACAAAGGAGGAAGUAACCGUACAUCAUGGCACUUGCUAUGGCUGGUGAAAGAUAAUUGCACAUUGACUGUUUAAAGUCUUAAAAAAAACAUCUUUCCUUUCCAAUUGAUAAUCCCUAUUAAAUAUGGACGAGAAGGCUUAGAUCCCUUCACCAUGUUUUGUAAAUCUAGGAAAACAAAAAUGGGCAAUAACUUGUAUCAGACAGUACGUCUUAAGGCAAACCAAGAUUGAACUUGUGAACCUCUGUGUAAAGCUCUGUGUUGUGCAAGGCAGAUGUGUUUGUUGGUAACAGAUGAGGAGGCAAUACACAGCUUCAGGCAGGGAAGACCAACACUGACCGUGUCGUCAUGUACCAGACAGAUUUAUUUUAAAAUUGCAGCCUGUUGUCACAAAGCUUUGUCAGGACAACAAGGAUGAAGGAUAUUGUUGGACACUGCCACCCUUGCCCAUACAGAGGAUGUGCACAAUAUGAUACUCCUUGUGUUCAUUUUGUUUAAAUUCAUAACUCAACAGUUUCAUUCUGAGGCACAAGUCACAAACAUUACAUACCGCCACAUCCUACAGCCAGAAUUGCAUAUCAUGGCUAUUGCAUCACUGCAUGACCUUUAACAAGAAAAAGCUAAACAGUUUGCUGUGACAUCACACAUAGUCACCCAAUCAGAGAGUAGGGGGGUUGGGUCAAAGAAGCUGUUGACCACUUUGAAAACACUCCCACCCCUAACUUGGCCAGCCUACCGCCAUUGGCAAAAAGGAUUGUAUAACUCUUUAAGUUAUGACAAAUGUAUAUGAAAUAUCCUCUGUGUAUGUAUGUUCAAUGUAUGCACACCAAUGAAAUGUGUGAGUUCAGUUGAAA